AUGGCUUCAACGAUGCAUCUCCGCCAAAUUUCCUCCUCCAGCUUCAUCCGCACCACUGCCACCAGCACAUUCCGCCGAUCCUUCCACCAGACAAUCCCGCGCUUCAAUUCCGCCGUCAAGCUCGAAGGAGACGAAAAGCCCGACCAAAGCAAGGAGUCGCAAGGAAACCAUGCUCCGCAGCCCAAGAUCUCUAAUCUGAGCAUGCCGGGUGUCAAUAAGGCAAAGGAACUCACGAAAGAGCAAAAGGAGGAAGUGCGGCAACACAACAAAGACUUCGAAGAGAAGUUUGAUCACGGUCAUACAGCGCCGGACGACAAGGUAGACAAGAAGUUCUGGGAAGCUGGCGAAGGCAACAACAAGUCUUGA